AUGGACCACCACUGUCCGUGGUUGGCCACUUGCGUCGGACUCUACAACUAUAAAGCGUUUCUUCUGUUUUUGAUCUACACGUCGAUCUUCUGCUGGGUGGGUUUCCUCGUGGCGUCUCUGUGGAUCUGGACCGAGGUGUUCAAUAACACCCAGUAUAUGGAUACGAUCUUGCCGGUGAAUGUCAUUUUGCUGGCCAUCUUAGGCGGGAUUAUUGGCCUGGUUCUGUCGGGGUUCACCAUCUGGCACAUCACUCUUGCCGUGCGUAACUUAACGACCAUCGAAUGCUUGGAGAAGACGCGCUAUGUCUCCCCGUUGCGAAAAGCGCUGGAUCGCCACCGAUUUCACCAUGGGUCGCGAGGCGACGGCAGCGACGACCCUCACAGCCUCGGCCAUCGCCUUCAGGAUUACGGCAACCAAAUAUUAGACGCUCACGCCAACGCCAUUCCCGGUGUGACCCGGCCCGAAGAGGGCGAGGAGCAGGUGACUCCGCUACAGACACCACCUCGACAGCCGGGCAUGACACCAGCCCAGCAGGCGCUUUCGCGAUCGUAUGCGGAAAUGGAACGGGAACGCGAGAACGACAGAUACCAACAGUACCUGCAUGAGCAGGACAAUGAGAAACUGCCCAACGCAUUUGACCUGGGCUGGCGCCGCAACUUGGCGCAUUUGUUCGGUUCCCGGCCCCUUUUCUGGUGCCUUCCCGUCUCGACUACCACGGGAGACGGAUGGCACUGGGAGCCGAGCCCCAAGUUUAUGCAAGCUCGCGAGCAUAUCCGGGAGCGCAGGGAGGAGCAAGAUGCGGCCCAACGGGAAUACCAGCGUGACCUUUACCAGCGCCACAUGCAUAACAGCCAGGCAUGGGGCAUCCCCACACAUACCUCCCACCCGCCGAACGCCUACUACCAGGAGUCGAACCGGCCGGAUACCGGAGUCUCGAUGAAGACGUUAGCACCGAUGUCCCCGCGGCCUCGACCGGGGGACAGCGAUUACGAGGAUGUGGAAGAGGCCGAUUUUCUUUCGAAGCCAGAUGGUGCGAGUCCAUAUCGCAAUGGCGACCGCAGCCGUAGUGCUAAAGGCCAGUCGCAGUCUGAUGAGUGGCGAGACUGGGAUUGA